GUCGGCUCCCGGCUCCCGGCUCCCGGCUCCCGGCUCGCCGCCCCGGCCCCGGCCCUGCACCUGUGACUGUCGCGGCGCUCGCCCUCCCCGCCCGGCGCCCGCAGCCCCAUGGCCCCGUCCCGCCUGCAGCUCGGCCUCCGCGCCGCCUACUCCGGCCUCAGCUCUGCUGCCGGCUUCUCCAUCUUCCUCGUCUGGACCGUGGUGUACAGACAGCCGGGGACGGCGGCCAUGGGGGGGCUCGCAGGUGCGCUGGCGCUGUGGGUGCUGGUGACGCACGUGAUGUACAUGCAGGAUUACUGGAGGACCUGGCUCAAGGGACUGCGUGGCUUCUUCUUCGUGGGCGUCCUCUUCUCGGCAGUGUCCAUCGCCGCUUUCUGCACCUUCCUUGUGCUGGCCGUCACCCGACACCAGAGCCUCACAGACCCCAACAGCUACUACCUCUCCUGCGUCUGGAGCUUCAUUUCCUUCAAGUGGGCCUUCCUGCUCAGCCUUUAUGCCCACCGCUACCGGGCUGACUUCGCCGACAUCAGCAUCCUCAGCGAUUUCUGACCCAAGGGGUGAGGCCUCUGUACCCUGGGGGUCCUCAGGACCUGGACUCAGCCUCUGAGACACUGGGCAGGCCUGCCACACCCCCUGGAAACCCUGGAUCUGUGGCAGAAGAAACACAGCAAGAAGACUGCGGUCUCCUAGGAAGCUGUCUUGUCCCCUUUGCGGGACACCUGGGUGCAGUGGAAAGGGGUCCUUCCUGCCAUGUUGCUUCUCAUCGGCCUGGCUGGAGGGCAGUUUUAGACCUUUUCAGAUGGAUCUAUUUUCUUAGCACUCAGUGAGGAAUCUUCAUAAGCGGGGCCAGGGCAGUGAGUCAAGGGGUAGGGCAGUGAGCCUGGACCUCUGCCUGGGGGCACUCUCCCUCGGGCCAGGCUGAGAACCUGGGAGGUCAGGUCAAGUGAGGGAUCUCUACGGGAGACCUCCCAGCCCCGAUCCCAGCACCCCAUCCUCUUGUCCUUUGAGGGUCAGGUAGCUUAACUCCUCAAUCCCAGGGAUGGCAACAUUUGGCUCUCUUUUCCCAAGGCCUGGGGACCUGAGUGGAGAGGUGAGUGUCCCUCUCCCCCCCAGAGCCGGUCUCCCAUGAGUGCUAGAGCCAGUCAUCUCCUUCACCAUACCACACACCACACCCCCCCCAAAGAGGGCUCCCCGAGCGAGGCCAGACGAGGUGUCUGGGGAAGGUGCCAUGCCCCCAAAAGGGCUCCAGGCAAGGGGGCAGCAUGGUGCAGGCUGGAGGGAACCCCACAGAUCUGUGCCUGUGCACCUGCAGCCCUGUAUUUCCGUCACUUCUCACACGUAUCACCCCUGGCCACGAGACGUCCCCCCCACUCCCCCGCUCACUGCCCUUUGCCUAGAGCGUUCAUCUUUUUAAAUCUCCCUUCUGAAGGACAAAAUCUGCUUUUCUGCCUGUACAUGGGCACAAGGGCUCACUAACUCGGGAGGGAAGGAGCUAUUGUUACGGAUAUCUUUUUAUGUUAGGUUGCCAUUUUGCACGGUCUACCCUUUUCCCACCUGAUGUGUCCUGCCCUUCAGCUCUUUUGCCUUAUCUGUGUCACUGUCACUUUAGCGGAAAUACAUUGGCCCUUUGUAUCCCA